AUGAGUCUCAGACGUAGCUGUGUCUUCUGUCGUGCCAGGAAGAUCCGAUGCUCGGGCGAAUCCAUCUGCAGUGCUUGUGAGAAGCGCAACCUCAGCUGCGUCUACAGUUCUGAAGCUCGCAAGGGACGACCCAAACAGAAGGGCACAGCAUUCCAGCCUCCACCCGGCCCGGAUACUCAUCUCAACAAUGGCGGAGAAUCUCUGCCAUCCUCUUCCUCCAGGACCUCCGUGGAGGGCGCCUCUCACAGCCCGGAGUCUGCAACUGACCCCACUCUGAAUGACAUUGUGGGCGAUGAGCUGGAGCGAAGGUUCAACGUCUACUAUAUUACAAAAUCCGAGUCAUGCAACGACCUCUUCCAAAACUCAAUCGUCGCCCAUCGGUGGGAUAUGGAGCAGUCUCAGACUCCGCCACUCCGUCCAAUCAAGCCCCCUUUGAGCUACGAUGGAUUGUUGUCUUUUAUGGCCUCCGAGAUGGUGGGCAUCCUGCCGCUUCGUUUCAGUUACUUGGGGGACCCGCAACCGGAUAUACCCAACCAAAACUACUUCCUCUCUAGCUUGGCAGCUGAUGAAACGCUGACAAUGUUCGAUACUAUUGAGAUUGAUCCCGAUCCUCUGAUGGCGCUUGGAAGACAUCUUGUCCUUCAGCUAGUCGAUGUGUGGUUCUCCGCGCAUCCUUUAUCGCCAUUGGUUUCUAAAACGCUACUAACAGCAGCAAUCCAGGACGAAACGGUGGAUAGAGCCCUUUUGGGGGUCAUCUUGGCCGAUGCGUGUGAGAUGCAGCUCAUCACGAACGGGCCGGAUGGAGAUGUACUUAAUGAUCCCCAGGUACUAUGCCAAUUUGCUCUCUUGCAGUUGAAGCAACGUGCUCUAUCACUUGAUCAUCCGUUGGUUCUAUCCACGGUCCAAGCAAUAUUCCUGAUUGGAUGGAGAGAGUUAUGCCUUGGCCAUGCUCGUCGCACUACUUGUUUGGCAGGCUACGCCUGCCGUCUGAUUGCCAGCCUGUACACCUUCUGGCAGACUGGUAGCGACAGGGUGUGUAAGAGGAAGCUGAAUGGUGUGGACGUGGGCGUUGUUGAACAGGAGCUUGUGCAGAAUAUCUACUGGUUGUGUUUGGCUACCACCACGUGGGCCUUUAUGCAGAGCGACCAGCCAUUCACGCUGCUCACCCCGGAAACAACGCCUGACUUCCCGUGCUUGGAUGAGACUACCUCGGCCAUUCUCCGCCUGGAUCGUGCAUCGGGCAAUGUCUCUACGCUACAAUCACAAGUCCAGGCUAUGCGGUGCCUGUGGCCGCUCAGCCACAUCACUAGUACCGUGGCGCAUAUCUACACAUUAUACCUCAAUACGCCGGCAGAGGACAAGCCAGGGCAAUCAGUACCAUGGCAUAAGCAGCACCUCCAUCAGUUGCAUCAGCUUUUCCAGCCUUCCUUUGACCGAUCUGUUUUGGCGUCAAGGAUGCAUAGAAUUCUCCUCCUCGCCAUUGAGCUCGUCACGAGCCAGGUCGCCAUCAUGUCCUCACGGUCAUUUCUAUUGAAUGCUUAUCAUAGCAUCGCUAUCCAUAUGCUCUUCUCCGGGGAUAAGGUUAGUCAAGAGCGGCAAAUGAUCUCGCCAUCUAUCAUCGAUUCUUUUUGUCAGUCUGCUUCUGCACUCCAUGCCAUCGCUCAACAAAACUCUCCGCAAUCGACAAAUCUGAUGCCAACGCAAGUACAUCGAGGCAUCGAGGGUUCAAACAUGAUGCUCUACGGUCUUGACACAUGCAGCAGAGGUCUCUCAUACAUCUACACCCGACAUGAGCGGGGUUCAAUAGAGGAGCGCAAUACGAUUAGCAUGAGGCAAACCCAGCUGGUAGAUAUCGCCGGUCAGCUGUAUCAAACUUGCAAAGUGGAUACAGUGUCUCGUUUAGGAUCUGCGUUACUACCAGUGAAGAAACGAUUCAAGCGUGCGAGGGUAGCCUUCGAGCUUCUUGGAUCCGCGGCAGUUCCUCAAUCGGGGCUCUCUGGUCAGAAUGAGAGCAAUCCUACGAGUAAUUGGGCUUCGCAAAACGAGAUCCUACUGGACCCAGGGAUCACCAUCGACCAUCUGGCAGGCCAGUCUGUUAACUCCGGUUCUCUGCCGGCUAUGGCACCCGACCCGUCCCUAGCAUCCUCUGGGAAUCCUGCUGAGGUCAUCGAUGCGGGAUUUUUCAUGAACGGUCCGGUCACAGCGUCCCUUCUGGGGUUCCCCGGUCUUGCCAAAAUGAAUAUGCAGCUACAUGACUACCUCUUUCAAGAAGAAAGCGAUCCGAACCAGGAUAUGUUUGGUCUCUUUGGCCAAGGCACGAGCGAAAAUUUGACUUAA